GUUGCAGAGUGGGGUGAGUUUGGGUAAGCUGUUUUGGGGCGGGCCUAUACCUGCCCCUUGGAAUAAAACCGGCUGAGAGGAUGUCUUCCGUGCUGGAGAAGGAGGAGCACACUUCUCAGCUGGAGAGCCGGGGCACAGGUCCACUCUGACAAACCAUGGCGAGUCCCAAUAAUACUAAUAAUAAGAAGUCCAUCAUCGUGGGACUGGUCGGCCUGCUGCUGGUGGCCCUCGGGGCCGUGUUGGUCUUUAUAGUCCCGGUUAUCAUGAAGCAACAAGUGGAAAAGAAUGUCAGGAUAGAUCCUAGCAGUGGGUUUGCUUAUGAAAUGUGGAAAGAUCUUCCAGUACCCUUCUUCAUGUCCAUCUACAUAUUUGAAGUAGUGAACCAUAAAGAAGUCCUUUUGGGAGAAAAGCCUCGGGUUGAGGAGCGUGGACCUUAUGUUUACAGGGAACGCAAACAGAAAUUUAACAUCACCUUUAAUGAAAAUGGAACAGUCUCAUUUGUGGAGAAUCGAAUUCUCCAUUUUGAUCCUGAUAAAUCUGCAGGAAGUGAAGAACAAUAUAUUAUAUUUCCAAACAUUCUUGUCCUGGUUCCAUCAUUGAUGAUGAAAGAUUCAGGAAGCUUCAUGAAAUGGGUCCUCAGUGGAGCAUUCGCAGGUUUUGGCCAAGAUGCCUUCAUUAACAAAACUGUUAAAGAGCUUUUGUGGGGAUACAGUGACCCAUUUCUAGAUUUCAUGAAUACACUUCUCCCUGGAAAACUUCCAUUCAAAGGGAAGUUUGGCUUGUUUGCAGAUUUCAAUAACACAAACUCUGGUAUUUUUACGGUAAACACUGGAGUAAAAGACAUCAGUCAAGUCCAAAUGGUAGACACAUGGAAUGGACUAAGCAAGGUUAAUUUCUGGAAUUCUGAGCAAGCCAAUAUGAUUAAUGGAACUGCUGGUCAAAUGUGGCCACCUUUUCGGACACCUGCCCAGCCUCUGGAGUUCUACAGUCCAGAUGCCUGCAGGUCUCUGACAUUGGUUUACGAGAAAGAAGAGUCUUUCAGAGGUAUCCCAACCUAUCGGUACACUGCACCCGGCUAUCUGUUUGCAAAUGGUUCAGACUAUCCUCCCAAUGAAGGGUUUUGCCCAUGCACGGCGUCUGGUAUAAUGAACGUCAGUUCCUGCCGGGCUGGUGCUCCCAUGUUUCUGUCUUUUCCUCACUUCUACAAAGCGGAUCCUGGAUUUGUGAAUGCUGUGGAUGGACUACACCCAAGUGAAAAGCUGCAUUCCCUAUUCCUAGAUCUGCACCCUCUUACAGGAAUCCCCAUGAAUUGUUCAAUCAAGAUGCAGAUAAGCAUAUUAGCAAUGGGUGUUAGUGGAAUUGUACAAACUGGAAAUAUUAAGCCUGCAAUCCUUCCACUCCUGUGGUUUGAAGAGAGUGGGUUUAUUGAUGGUCCUGUGUAUAAUACAUACUACAGCACCCUGGUUGUGCUCCCUAUGGUCAUGGAAUAUCUGCAGUACAUCCUCAUCGCCUUGGGACUCUGUUUUAUUCUCGUAGCUGCAGUCCUUCCAUUUGUUAAACAGAAACAGGAAAAUAUCUUGCAACAUACAGGUGAAACAACGGAAUCUGAUCAAGAUAAUGAAGCUGCAAAACUUCUUAAAGCACCAGAUCUUUCACCUCAAACCUGAUAUUGCCUUGCCUACUUUAAUGGGUCCUCUGAGUCCCCUUUUGAGGGGAAAAACUUUAAUCACUUAAGCUACAUGCUUGAUUCCAGUUGUCACUAGUUAAGAGGCAUGAGGUGUCUGCA